AAAAAUGGUAUAUUUGAGGGCUAAUUUUUCAGUUAAGCCAAAAUCGAAAUAUAUUACACAUAGACUAACUUGAACUGCCGUGGAAAAAAAGGGGGUAAAUGGCGGCGGCGGCGGCGUCGAGGGCAGUGUUGGUCUCACGGCCGGUAACGUUCGUAACUGGAAAUGCCAAGAAGCUGGAAGAAGUGAAAUCCAUCUUGGGUCAAUCCAUCCCCUUCCAAUCCCUCAAGAUUGACCUGCCUGAACUGCAAGGAGAACCGGAAGAAAUAUCCAAAGAAAAGGCUCGUUUGGCUGCUGUCCAGGUGAAUGGACCAGUCUUGGUUGAAGAUACAUGUCUUUGUUUCAAUGCACUAAAGGGUCUUCCAGGGCCAUACAUCAAGUGGUUUUUGCAGAAGAUUGGCCAUGAAGGUUUGAAUAACUUGUUGAUGGCAUACGAGGAUAAGUCAGCUUAUGCUUUAUGUGCGUUUUCUUUUGCCCUUGGCCCUGAUGUUGAACCUGUUACCUUUCUGGGGAAAACCCCGGGUAAAAUAGUUCCGGCCAGGGGACCCAAUGACUUUGGAUGGGAUCCUAUCUUUCAGCCUGACGGCUAUGACCAAACUUAUGCGGAGAUGCCGAAGGAAGAGAAGAACAAGAUUUCUCACCGGUCAAGGGCUCUUGAUAUGGUGAAAUCCCACUUUGCCGAAGCAGGAUACAAUUUCAGCACCUCCAACUAAAGAUUGACGGAAAGUAACUUUGUGAUGGUGGAUUGACUGCAACUAGAAACAAAGAUAUUUGAUAUUUUGAUGGGUACCUAAAUUCUAAAAUAAAGAAUGAUCUUAAUGAGGGUGGAAGGCAUUGGUGAAGUGACAGAAGUAACAUGAGCAAGUUGGGGGAAUAGAAAGAGAAUGGUGUUGUAUGGUCCCAUCCAUCUUAAUUUGCAAAACAAUUUAUCUCAUCCCACAUGGUUCAAGCAGACCACUGCAUUUGGUGUCUCCUUCAUCUUCCACGUGACUCUCCUUAUUCACAUUGAAUCUCAUUCUCAAUUGUCGGACUUGGGCUUUUUUUUGCCACCACUACUCUUCCAAUCACUUCUUUUCAGUUUCUAUCAAUGUUCUUUAUGCUUCUUCUUUUUUCUUUUCUAUGUUCCUCCCUGUAUUUGUAUUUCUUUAAAUGCACCUUUACUCACAUGGUUUAUGUUUUCUUUACAAAUAUGGGUAAACUAAACUAGUGGGAGGCAGGAACAAGAUGUUAACGAGAAGGGUGGUUGAAGUCUUAUUGAAAUUAUUUAUUACCUGUUUAAUGCAAUCGGUUGCACCAUGGCUUUGUAUCA